GCCAAAUUUUGAUAAAAAAAAAAGAGUAGGGAGGCCAAAUGAUUUCCCGUGCCAUGGCUUCUAUCAGUUUCAAUCUUCUUUUUUAUCAUGGCGGAAUUGGGAUCUUUUUUUCUAAUGCAGCCUAUCCAUCACACUUGGAUAGCUAUGCUCGGUUGCUUUGGUCAAAUGAUUCUUAGUUCACCCAAAUCAUUCAUGUCCCAGUAUGACAUCUGUGUACAUCAUACCUAACCUUGUCAACAGUAAACAAUAAAAUUCCCACGAAAGUAUCUUUGUGUGAACGAGAGACAUAGAUCCGCCUGGCUGCGCGAAGCUACUGGGGCCCUUUGGCUUGUCUUGCACUUGCUAGACGGGGGAGACCUCUCUCGGAAUUGGAUUUCAAUCGAGAGAUCUCUGUCCAUUCUUUUCAAAAGCGUGAAAUCGGCUUCCUUCAGUUUCGCCGGAUCUAGAAUCCUUAGCGGGGAAACAUAUUAUUAGACAGGGGUUGUCUGCCAACUUGUUAUGUUGUAAACUUUCUGGUCAGCAAAACAUUCUUUGGAAGCUUGGAAGCCACGUUCUCUCUUUUUCUAAAAAAGUGAAGGCUUGCUCGUCCGGAUACAUGAGGGGAAAAAUAAACGGCGCCGUUUUCUUUUCAUCUAUUAAAUUAUGUCGUUGAACAUUUGCGGUUGAUAUCCUGUUUGUGUGGUCGACGAUUCUCGACCCAAAAAAAAACUGGUUAAGCAUCCGAAAAUCACAUUUAAGUAUCGUAUCACUACGCGAAUUCGGCCUUUUGGGUUUUCCUAUUGAAUGGGCACACUGAGAUAUUAUACGGGCUUAGUUUCUCCUCCAAGAACAAGAUUCUGCUCUUUUAGAAUCGUUUCUUCAUCUUCACCAGUGGGUAUAUCGAGACAGCAAACAUUGGAGCAAGUGGACAAGGAGCUUGCCAAGGGAGAUGAAAGAGCAGCACUCUCUCUUGUCAAGGAUUUGCAGGGAAAGCCCGGUGGCCUUCGAUGUUUCGGCGCUGCAAGGCAGGUGCCCCAAAGGCUUUACACAUUGGAUGAACUGAAGCUGAAUGGAAUAGAGACAGCUUCUCUGUUGUCCCCUGUGGAUGCAACCCUCGGUUCCAUUGAAAGAAACCUGCAACUUGCUGCUGCUCUUGGUGGGAUUGCUGCUUGGAAUGCUUUUGGGUUUAGCCCACAGCAGCUAUUCUAUUUUUCUCUGGGAUUGUUGUUUUUAUGGACAUUCGACGCGGUCUCUUUUAAUGGAGGAGUUGGGAGCUUGGUUCUUGAUACAAUUGGUCAUACAUUUAGUCAGAAGUACCACAAUAGGGUUAUUCAACAUGAAGCUGGCCAUUUCUUAAUUGCCUAUUUGGUAGGUAUUCUUCCAAAGGGUUAUACACUAUCUAGUUUGGAAGCUUUACAGAAGGAAGGAUCUCUCAAUGUUCAAGCAGGGACUGCUUUUGUGGACCUGGAAUUUCUUGAAGAAGUAGGUUGUUUUUCCAAUCAGAAUGUUAAUGCAGGAAAAGUAUCUGCUUUGACAUUGAACAAAUUCUCGUGCAUUGCGCUUGCUGGUGUAGCAACCGAGUACCUUCUAUAUGGGUAUGCAGAGGGAGGACUUGCUGAUAUUAACAAGUUGGACAUGCUGCUCAAGAGCUUAGGCUUUACCCAGAAGAAAGCAGAUUCUCAAGUCAGAUGGUCUGUAUUGAACACUAUCUUGAUUUUGCGUAGACACGAGGGAGCCAGAGCUAAACUUGCAGAAGCCAUGACCAUGGGAAGAUCUAUAGGAUCUUGCAUUGCCAUCAUAGAAGAUACUGUAGAUGAUGCGGAUAUUUAACUGAACUGGGACAUAGAUUCUUCCUAAAAUUUACAUUCCUUAAUAGAUUUUCUUUUUUUCUCAAGAAAAUGUCAUACUUCCUGUAUACUCUUGAAGUUUUAUUUUCCCCUAAGUUGCCAAUAAAAAUUAUAUAUAUGUGUGAAGGACCAUGCGUCCUAAUUCUUUUUC